GUUUAUUUACAUGGCGGAGCUGGUAUAGGAUACCAAUGUUGUACCCUCGCGUAUUGAGGAAACGUUGGGUGCUCGCGGUCAUAUUUAUUUGUUCCCUUUUGUAUUUUCUUUCAGUAACACUAUCAAAGUCUUCAGAUUACAUUCUCACUGAAUAUCAAUCAAAACGGACACUGCGACAGCCUUUCCAGUUUCAGCCAACAGAAGAGUCCAAUGACACAGAGAUAGUGAAGUGUCGAAAUUCUAGGCAAGGUCGUGUGCUAAUUGUUGAUCAGAAAGGGUAUGUGUGCAGGCAUGAGCACGUAGGCACCAACAAAUGUUGUAAUACAAAACACCCCUCGACAAAACACCAUUCUUGUGAAAGCUGCCUUUCAAAUGGUUGCUGUAGUAUUUAUGAACAUUGUGUUUCUUGUUGCUUACAACCGAAAAAUCAACAUUUGUUGAGCAAGAUAGUGAAGGAAAAUUUGGAAGCACCUUACAACCUCUUUAUUAGUGAAGUUGAAAACGUGUUUGAUUUGUGUUUAGCUAAGUGCAGAACUUCUUCACAGAGUGUUCAGCAUGAAAAUUCUUACAGAGAUGCUAGUGUAAAAUACUGCUAUGGUGACAGGCCUCCUGACUUGCAAGUGAUAGGAAGUUAACCAACUGAAGAAGAUUUAGUAUCUGCCUGGUCAUAAAAGGACUUAUU